UGAAAUACAAAGAACACAAUAACUAGAUGCAUGUUUAGAGUUUUAUGUCAAACGUUGAAUGUCCUGCAGCCCGUGUGGAUUGCUCCUCUGACUCGAUGAACAUUGCCAUCCGUAAAUCCUACCUGGACUCACUGGGCUUCAGCUGGUACGACCUUUAUCUUGAUGACCAUCGCUGCAGAGCUUCAACUGACAACUACUAUGUCACCUUCAACUUCCGUCUCCAUAGCUGCAGCACCGGGAGAACGACUGAGAACGGACGUAUUAUCUACACCAAUAAUGUGCGAGCAGCUCAGUCAACGUCGGGUGAGAUCACCCGAAAUGAUACAGCUUUCCCGUUGGUUGUGAGAUGUGUGAUGGAGCGUAAUUCUUCAGUCGGGAUUCUUUAUGAGGCCAAAGAGAUUACAAAUGCAGCUAUCACUGGAACGGGUCGGUUCAACACCACCAUGGCCUUUUACCCAUCCAGCAGCUUUUACUACCCCAUCACCGAUUCCCCGUACCGAGUGAACCUCAAUCAGCAACUGUACGUGCAGGUGCAGCUAACUCCAGCCGAACCAAACCUCCACCUGUUCAUGGACUCCUGUGUGGCCUCGCCAAACCACGACUACAGCAGCCGCACCUAUGACCUUAUACGCAAUGGCUGUCGGAGAGACAACACGGUAAACAUAUACAGAAAUGGAAAUCGUUACUUCGCUCAGUUCAGCUUCAGCGCAUUCAAGUUCCUGCGCACACACAACCAGGUGUUCCUCAAGUGUGAUGUCAUUAUCUGCCCUGACAACGACUACAACUCACGAUGUCGCCAAGGAUGCCUCAAUCGCGGGAAACGAAGCACUAGCUCUGAUCACCACACUGAGGUUCUUACCCUUGGGCCAAUCACACUCUAAGGUCCAGAGGAGGCUGAGGCCAAGACGGAGGACAAGGAGUGAACUCACACUGACUGAUUAAUUAAUCACUUAAAUAUAGUUAACACUGAAUAAAUUUGCUAAUAGAUUGUUGAGCAAUCUCUCUUUCUUAAAUACUCACCUGUUGAUUUUUGGGGGGAGAUUUAAACUGUGUUUUUGACCCAAAUUUAGAACCGUCUAAUCCCCGUAAUCUGAAUCAAUCUGCUAUGUCUAAAACAUUUUCUGAUUUUAUGUGUGAGAACGGUUUUUUGAUCCGUGAAGAUUCCGUAACCCCUCUCUAAAAAAGUUUUCUUUCUUCUCCCAGGUGCAUCGUUCCUAUUCGAGGAUUGAUUAUUUUUUAUAAACUUAUCCCAUCGCCUUGGAGAUUUAAUUCUCUUCUUUUGGCAGACACAGACACUUCCUACUUAAAUUUUUGUGCCUGUGGUUGGGUUUUAAAAUAUCUAUAUAACCAGCGAUAGUUAUUGGAUAGCCAUGAUGAGCCGGUGGGAGGGGUUUUUCCGGUGAUUGUACUUUUUAAUUUUGUUUUCCUUUGUUUGCAUAAAAAGAAAAAAAACUGUGAAAUAAUUUAUUACAAUGCUGAUCUAAAAUAUAAUAAUUACAAGACAGCAUAGGAUGAGGUAAAACUAGAACUAGCUAAAAUACAGUAGUGGCAAUUGUGAAAGUAGACAAAACAUGUCAAUGCUUUGAAGGAUGUGAAUUGGAACAGAAUAAUGUUAUUCAAUUGCGAAUCUGUUUUUAGAGGAUUUAAACCUAACAUGGUGAACAAAUUAUAUUAUACGAUUCAGGCAAUUUGACUGGGGUUAUCUCAUAUAGUGUGGCAAGUAAUAAUCUGGAAAGACCUUUGAAAUAUCACAGUCUAAAACUGGAUUUAAAGAGAAGCAAAUCAGUAAAUGAAUCACAUGUAAAUG